AUGAAGCUGAUUCAAGAGGAGAAUGCAGCCCUCCGCCGCCGGCUCGAGGAACUCGAAGCGUCCGCGAGCAAAACUUCCGCGGAAGACAUGUGGGCUAUGGUUGAGGCAAGGGUCCAGGCCAGACUAGAGUCGGCUCUGAUGGGACCAGCCCAGAGGCCCGCCCUGGAGGCCCUCCCCAGCCCAAGACCAAGAGGGAGAAAGGAAAAGGGAAGGGGGAAGAAAACAGUCCCCGCUUCCCCAAUCCCCACCCCAGUAGCAGGACCCUCCAGCGCCCCGCCACAAGCAGUCGCAGGUCCUUCUGCGGCCAAGGCGACUGAAGCGGAGUCAAGGACAAAGAAGAGCCGGGAUAAUGGCAAGAAGGAGGCGACAGCGCCAGGGAAGAAGACAGCGCCCAACCACAAACCCCCUCCAAAGGUCAAGGGGAAAAAGCCGCCCCCACAAGCGCAACCUGCACCGGAGCCCCGCCCUCUACCGCCGGCCCCCGCAUCGAUGGAGACGCCGUGGGUAGAAGUGGUCAGCCGAAAUAGGAAGAAGAGGAAGCCUGCUGUAGCGGUGAACACUCAGCCACGACAGCCGGCGCGCCGGGCUGAGCCCAAACUACGACCGCCACGCUCCGCAGCGGUUGUUAUAUCGCUGACCCCUGCGGCGGUAGCAAAGGGCUUGUCUUACAAGCAGGUCCUUACGGACGCCCAGUCGAAGCUGGACCUCACCGGCCUAGAUAUCACCAGGCUGAGGGCCGAGAGUUCGCGGCCACGGGCGCCCCAUGUAUGA